GAAAAAAUGAUCAACAACCAGCAUUCAUCAUCUCUGUCUUCUACUCAAAUUAGUAGAACACUCCAAACAAUGCAACAACAACAAUACACUCCCACACUAAACUCCCUGCAUUCGUACCAUCCACUGGGACCUCCAACAAUCUCAAUGUCAUCAUCCGUACCUCCAUCAAUGUCCAUAUCAUCUUCAUCAUCAUCUACCAAUAACAAGGAAUCCUUUGAUAAUUUUAAUAAUGUCGAUCCGCAAGCAAAAAAAGCCUUUGAUCACGCCAAUAAUAUUAUUGAAAAUUCCAAUCAGGAUAAAACAUUUUCUGUCUUUUCCAUUCCACCACGUGAGGCUCUCUCCUAUUAUUUGGGUGUUGAAGAACAUUAUCAAAGGGAACAAAUUAAACCAGUAUGUCCUUUGUGUAUGAGACAAGUACACUUCUCUGCAUUAUCUAAACAUGUAGUUUCAUGUGCAGAGUAUAGAAAUUCAUUAUUGGCCAUGGAAGAAUCACCUCCAAUUAAAUCGACUACUACUUCACCAUUCAUGCCACCUCCAUCAUUAUAUUCAUCAUCAAUGGAUUAUAAUAAUAGUAAUUCAUUAUACCCUUUAUUAGGUAAAAGAACGAAAUUAGAUAGUGAUAAUCUUUUAGGUGGUAGUAAUAAUAUGACUAGUAAUAAUUCAUUAUUGAUGAAUAGUGGUUUGCCUCAGUACAAUUUCUAAUGAGUUGAAAGCUCACUCAAUGAGACUGGAUUUAUUAUUAUUUGGUAAUUAUUGGUUUUGGAUUCAUGUCAACAAUCAAGGAUGCUGAUACAUUAUGCUCUA